UAAAGUCAGCCAGGGAAGAGAAAGCUUCGCUCCGCCCCGCGACGGAGCGUGUUUGUCCCGUUACAUCAGUGCGCCCACAGGCUCAAACCCGGAGACACGCGGGAGACGCGACGAGGAAAAGUUCCGCGUCCUCGCGUCAAACUGUGAGGGGAAAUGUCGAGUGUUUGGAGACCGAAGCGGCUGAACGCGGAGAGAAGGGUUACGCGAAUGCGGUGUAUCUUUACAGUGAGGUGAGGGAACAGAAAGGCACAACGCGAGCGUUCACCGCUUGGGAAAGGAAGCGUCAACUUUAUAAACGUUACAGUGUGACGCGUUUUCACUUCAGUAAUGUGGACUGGCAGCGACCGAAAGAAGAAACACUCCUCACAGGGCGAGAGAGAAUUGACCAGAGAGCUGCGAUAUCAACACUUGGAUGGAUUUGAACCGUGAUCGAUACAUGUGAAAGAUGUUUAGCUCACGUGUAACGGGACAACACUCCGCUUCGGUCGCGCGACGUGCACGCGAACGCACUUUGCAGAUGUUAGAUAAUCACAGGCGUCAGUCGUUUGACUCCAAACUGCACUGUAUAUCAGUUUGAGGAGACUGCUGUUUAUGAGGGAUCUGCUGUGUUGACUGUGCGAUGGCCCUCAGGUCGAGGAGACCGCUGGUGAGCCUCAUCGUCGGGGUUUUCCUGGGCUUCACCGCCGCGUCGUGGCUGGUUGUGCCCAGAGUUGUAGAGAUCAGUGCGAAGAACAGAAGGUCCUCGGUGUGUUCAUACUACAGUAACAGCAGGGCUCAGGCUGAAGUUUCAGACACCUCCUCCUCCUCCUCAACCAGUGGCAGACACAGGCAUCUGCAGCCAGUCUUCUCCAGCCAGGAGGGCAGUGAUGAAGGGGAAGAGGAGCAGCAUGGGACGGGGAACAGCAGUGACAGAGCUGCACCUGAGCCUCAGCUGAACAGCUUCUUGUAUGUGGGGGUCAUGACGGCUCAGAAGUACCUGUCCUCCAGGGCCGUGGCUGCCUUCAGGACCUGGAGCCCCAGCAUCCCGGGCCGGGUGGAGUUCUUCUCCAGCGAGGGGUCUGAGCAGAUCCCCCUGCCCACCCCUGUGCCCCUCGUCUCGCUGGCAGGGGUGGACGACUCCUACCCUCCCCAGAAGAAGUCUUUCAUGAUGCUGAAGUACAUGCACGACCAUUACUUGGAUAAAUAUGAGUGGUUUAUGAGGGCUGAUGACGAUGUCUACAUCAGAGGCGAGCGGCUGGAGCUGUUCCUGCGCUCUCUGAACAGCAGUACGCCGCUGUAUCUGGGCCAGACGGGGCUGGGCACCACCGAGGAGCUGGGUAAGCUGGCCCUGGAGCCCGGGGAGAACUUCUGCAUGGGCGGUCCGGGGAUGAUCUUCAGCCGGGAGCUCCUCCGCAGGAUGGCGCCGCACAUCGGGGCCUGUCUCAGGGAGAUGUACACCACUCAUGAGGAUGUGGAGAUCGGGCGCUGCGUCAGGCGCUUCGGAGGGACCCAGUGCGUCUGGUCAUACGAGAUGCAGCAGUUGUUCUAUGAGAACUAUGAACACAACAAGAAAGGCUUCAUCCAGGACCUCCACAGUAGCAAGAUCCACAACGCCAUCACGCUGCACCCCAACAAGCGUCCAGCGUACCAGUACCGUCUGCACGUGUACCUGCUGACCCGCCGGCUCUCCCAGCUGCGGCACCGCACGGUCCAGCUGCACCGGGAGGCCCUCGCUGUGAGCCGGCUCGGCAGCGCCGCGGUCCGGCGGGAGGACCAGCAGCUCGGGGCGGCGCCCUCAUACACACGCUACCGGCCCGCGGGGCGCAGCGACGUCCUCGAGUGGGAGUUCCUCACCGCUCGGCACCUGUACUCGUCCAGCAAGAAGCAGAUGCCCCGUCAGGGCCUCGGAAACCUGGUGCGCUCCGCACUGGAAGACACCGUGCUUCAAGUGAUGGAAAUGAUCAACGAGAACUCGAAGACUCGAGGUCGCGUCAUAGACUUCAAGGAGAUCCAGUACGGCUACAGACGUGUGGAUCCGCUUCACGGUGCUGAGUACAUCUUGGACCUUCUGCUGCUCUACAAGAAGCACAAGGGUAGGAAGGUGACCGUGCCGGUGCGGAGACACGCUUACCUUCAGCAGUCCUUCAGCCGGCCGUUCUUCAGCGAGGCGGAGGAACUCGACGUCUCCCGACUGGAAGACACCAUCAACGGUGACUCGCGCUCGCUCUCUUUCCUCUCCAGCCCGCUCAAGAUCUUCUCCUCCUUCCAGGUCUCCGAGUCCACACAAGUCCAGGGUCAGACCAAAGUGCACUUCCUCGUCCCGCUCACCGGUCGCUAUGAAAUCUUUGUGCGUUACAUGGAAAACUUUGAGAGAAUCUGCCUGAUCCCCAACCAGAACGUGAAGCUGACCAUAAUCCUGGUCGACAAUGAUACAAACCCGGAUAAGGAGAGACACCUAGAGCUGAUAAAGGAAUAUCACAACCGAUAUCCUAAAGCAGACCUGUCUAUCAUCCCUAUGACGGGAGACUUCUCUCGAGGCCUGGCCCUUGAGAUGGGCUCUUCUCAGCUGAGGAACAACUCGCUGCUGUUUUUCUGCGACGUGGACCUGGUCUUCAACUCUGACGCCCUCCAGAGAUGUCGAGACAACACCGUUGAGGGAAGUCAGGUGUACUUCCCCGUCGUCUUCAGUCAGUAUGACCCCAAAAUUGUCUAUGCUGGUGACCCUCCUGAAGACAGCAGCUUUGUCUUUACCAAGAAGACUGGAUUCUGGCGAGAUUAUGGAUUUGGGAUCACCUGCAUAUUCAAAAGCGACUUGCUUAGAGCGGGGGGGUUUGACACCUCAAUACAAGGCUGGGGUUUAGAGGAUGUUGAUUUGUUCACUAAAGUCAUCGAUUCUGGCUUGAACGUGUUUCGCUCUCAAGAAGCAGGUAUUGUGCAUAUUUUUCAUACUGUCUUCUGUGACACGCGUUUAGAGCCCAAGCAAUACAAAAUGUGUGUCGGGUCCAAAGCAAGCACUUACGCAUCCACAAUGCAGUUGGCACAACUGUGGUUGUCCAAACAUUUAGGCGUCGGUUACAACAGGACUUCCUCCUGAUGUCCCACCCAGGCCCCAGCAAUCACUGGAGUUUACCUCAGAUCUGCAAAAGUGCAAACUGCAAUGCAUUCACUGUAUGUGUGGAUAUUUUUAGUGGUUCUGGGUGAAUGUAUGUCCUAUCAAAUUAGUCCAAUCCAACUUUCCAAAGGUUUGUCCUUGCCAUCUAACAUUGCAGCAUCUUCCAAGGGAUAUUUAUUGCACAAGUCUAAAAAAAGAAAGUCAUUUGUUUUCCAUCUUGCGCUCAUAUCUUGAGGAGCAUGUGUUUAAUGAGGUCCUAAGGAUCAUGGAAAAGGUGUUUUCUGUAUGUCAUCAAAUAUAAACAACCUAGUUCACAUUGCAGUGGUUAUAAUAAUAGUAAACAAUACAAUAAUAAUACUGUACAGAAAGUACCAGAAAUGUGCUUUAAAUUUCCUCGCUGGGGGAAAGAGCCAGAAAAAUUGAGUUCUCUGAUUUAUAAAAGGAGAAAUACUAUACCUUAUUUCAGUAUCUUUUAAUGGAUGUGAACUGUUUGAUGAUUUUGCUCUAUGAUAUUACGGUACUGGUUACCAUGUGA